CUUUUAACUUAUUUUAUUUAAAACCAAACGUGGUAUUUCUGUCCAUAUUUGGGAUGUGAUAAAUUGAAAGUGGAAGUAUAUAUAAACUGUAAUGUAGAUAAAAUUCAUUUUGGAUACAUUCAACAAGUAGGUGUAACUGAAAAGCCCAUGGAUAUGUUGCUAUUAAGGAUGUGUAAUACAGAGUCAAAUCAUACAAUUUAAGCACUUUACAAACAAUCAAAAAACGAAGAUUUCAUUUAGGAUCAAUAGAGGUAUAACUGCAAAACAAACAAUUAAGUCAAGCAUAUAGACUUUAAUUACAAAAUGGAGGCACAAGAGAAACCAUCACAAGAAAAUAAUGUGGUUAGAAUUGACAGUUUGCCUCCACAGUUUAGUGGUUAUAGACCUGGGAGUAGCAGUAGUGACAACAUGAUUGUAAGUGCAGUACAUGCUGUGGCCAGGUACAGUGUUGACUCUGCUGGUGAUUACAUUGCGGAUGAUCUUAACCCACGUGAGGAGGACAUCCCUGAGGAUCAAGAUGAAGUGUUUGAUACUGUAAAUGAAGAACCAAGCCUUCUAGAUGCAAUUAAGACACAGAUGGAUAGUAAUAAGGAUACUGAGAAUGUUGUUAAUGAUACAGAGGAGAAGGUGAAGGUUGAUGUCACCCUCCUUGAAGGUCCAAUUUCCUCUCCUCUUUCCCCAUCUAAUGCAGCGAUGGCGAUGUACCCGGGGACACUGGCCAUAGUGGACAACAAUGUUGGCGUCAGUGAUAUAUGUCUCCUAGAUCCACUCACGGAGGACAACCUUAUCCACAAUCUAAAACAACGCUUCGCACAUGACCAAAUAUAUACAUACAUUGGGAAUGUGGUUGUGUCAGUGAACCCAUAUAAGAAGAUACCUCUCUAUACCCGCGAUGUCAUCUUUGAGUAUAGGAGUAGGAACAUAUAUGAGCUGCCCCCACAUAUCUAUGCCAUAGCAGAUGAUGCUUACAGGUCUAUGCGAGACAAGAACAAUGACCAGUGCAUCAUCAUCUCAGGGGAGAGUGGCUCAGGAAAGACAGAGGCCAGUAAGGUGAUAAUGCAGUAUGUAGCAGCUGUAUCUGGGAAGGGACAGGAUAUUGAUAGAGUAAAGGAACAGUUGCUGCAGUCAAAUCCUGUCUUAGAAGCAUUCGGAAAUGCCAAGACUAACAAGAAUGACAACUCAUCCAGAUUUGGGAAAUACAUGGAUAUAGAGUUUGAUUUCAAAGGAGAUCCAGUAGGAGGUGUUAUAACUAACUAUCUGCUGGAAAAGUCGCGGGUAGUUCUGCAGUCAAAAGGGGAGAGAAAUUUCCAUAUAUUCUACCAACUACUGCAUGGUGCUGAUACUAAUUUAUUAAAAUCUCUCAAACUGGCAAGGAACCCUGAGUACUACCAGUUCCUCCAACAUGGGGGUUGUAUAUAUGUAGACACUAUAGACGACAAACAGGACUUUCACAUAACUAAGCGUGCUAUGGAAGUGAUAGGUUUCACCAAGCAAGAGGUCCAUAGCGUGUGGCAACUUGUGGCCUCAGUCUUGAAACUAGGAAAUGCUCAGUUUAUCCACCACAGUAACAUAGAUGGCACUGAUGGUUGCCGAAUACAUAAUGACCAUGGCGGCCAACAGACUGCAGCUAAAGAAAUCUACGAUGUUUGUGAUCUACUGCAGACUCAGUCUGAAUUGCUCAUAAGUGCCCUAACACAGAAAACUGUACAAGCCUCUGGUGAUAAAGUCAGCGUAGACCUUAGUGCAACUGAGGCCACAUAUGCCAGAGAUGCUCUAUGUAAAGCCAUAUACAGUCGGUUGUUUGCCUGGUUGGUCCAUAGGAUCAAUGACAGCAUAAGGGUCCAGUCCAGAACGAAAAGGAAGUCCAUGGGAGUGCUUGAUAUAUAUGGGUUCGAAAUAUUUCAGUGUAAUAGUUUUGAGCAGUUCAUCAUAAACUUCUGCAAUGAGAAGUUGCAACAGAUCUUCAUUGAGCUCACCCUCAAGGAAGAACAAGAGGAGUAUGUGAAGGAGGGAAUAGAGUGGAUACAUGUAGAUUACUUCAACAAUUCUGUCAUUUGUGAGCUCAUAGAGAAGAGUAAUGUAGGGAUCCUAUCUCUACUAGAUGAAGAGUGCUUGAGGCCAGGUGAUGUCUCUGAUCAAACAUUCCUAAACAAACUCAAUUCCCAGUGCUGUGACCAUCCUCACUAUGAAAGCAGAGGUUGCAAGAAAUCGAUUUCCGAUAAAACUAUUCCACACGAUGCAUUUAGGCUGAAACACUAUGCAGGAGAGGUGAUUUACAGGGUAGAAGGUUUUCUAGACAAGAACAAUGACUUGCUGUAUCGGGAUCUCUCAAGGGCAAUGUAUAACUGUGACCAUGCACUCCUUAAACAACUAUUCCCUGAGGGAAGUCCAAGCAAAGCUUCGUUGAAGAGGCCACCAACUGCUGGUUCUCAGUUAAAGGCCUCCGUCACUGAGCUCAUGCGGAAUCUACUCUCAAAGCAGCCAAACUAUAUUAGAUGUAUAAAGCCUAAUGACUUCAAGAAGGGUGGUUUAUUUGAGGAGACUCUGGUGCGUCAUCAGGUGCGAUAUUUGGGGCUUAUGGAGAAUGUCAGAGUGAGGCGUGCUGGUUAUGCCUUCAGACAAGUUUACGGACAGUUCCUUUAUAGAUACAAGAUGUUGGCCGAAAAGACAUGGCCAAACUGGCGUGGUGCUCACAAGACUGGAGUGGAGGAAAUUCUAACUGCUCAAUAUAUUCCCCAAGAUGAAUUUGCUUUUGGCAGGACCAAAAUCUUCAUCAAGAAUCCCAAGCUUUUGUUCGAUCUGGAAGAGCUUAGACGCGAGAGGAUGCAUGACUUGGCCACACUUAUACAGAAAAUGUUCCGAGGGUGGAGGAUGAGAGUAUUGUUCCAGUUGAUGAAGCGGAGCCAGAUUGUCAUAUCUAGUAACUUUAGAGGCUACCAGGCCAGAACUCGUUUCCAGGCUGUUAGGAAUGCCACUAUUACAAUAUGUUCAUUUAUUAGGGGGUGGAAGGCCAGAAGGUUGCUCGCUCAGUUGAAGUAUGAGAAGAAAUGUCUGUGGGCUGUUGGCGUAAUACGCAAGUACUACCAAGGCUGGAAAGUGCGCAAAGAGUUCAGGACAAAGUUCCGGUCAAACGCUGGCCCCAAAAUCAUACGGUUUAUACAGACUGCUUUGAAACGUCGAUUCCUGCUGCAACUCCGUGACCACCUACCGUCAGAAUCUCCCCUUGCCCGAGACUGGCCCACCUGCUCAAGACUUCACAGACCCGCCUCUGAGGAGAUCCGCAAAAUAUACCAUAAAUGGAGGUGUCACAAAUAUCGACUGAGAUUUGACCAACCAUCUAGACUGAAAAUGAAAGAAAAAGUUGUAGCUAGUGAUAUAUUUAAAGAUAGGAAGCAAAACUAUCCAAAGAGUAUCUCACACCCUUACAAAGGAGACUAUGUAUCACUACGGACCAACACAAGGUGGAAGAAGGUCUCCACAGACUACAAUGAUCAUCAUAUCAUGUUCGCUGACAUUGUCAUGAAGAUAAACAGAGCCAAUGGAAAGAUGGUGCCUACUCUCCUUGUGUUGAGUACGAAUGCAAUAAUCAUAGUUGACCAGAGGACUUUAGCCUACAAGUACAGAUUGGACUCCAGGGACAUUGAUCGUAUCUCUCUCAGUCCUUACAGUGACCGCAUAGUUGUCUUUCAUGUCAAGAAGUAUCCUGAGAAUGGUAACCCAUUGAGCAAGAAGGGGGAUUUCAUCUUUAGCUGUGACCACGUCAUAGAGAUUGUGGCUAAGGCCUACCUAAUAGCCCAGAGAGGUUCAGGGAAACCAAUUGAUGUCACAAUAGCACACCAAUUCCAAGCAGAGUUUAAUGGACAAUUAGUUGAUGUUGCCUUCAAACGGAAUAUAGAGCAAGGAAGUAAGAUGCCAAGGAAGGUGUUCAACUCAGAUUCAGAAGAUGACUUAGAAGACGAUGUUGAUUCUGACGGAGAGAAAGAAGCACAUGAUGCUGGAAUUAAUGAUGAAGCGCUGCUGGCUGAUAGCGACAGCGACUCUGCACCUGAGGACAUCACAUUUGACAGCAGUAGGAAGACAGCUCUACAGAAGAUCAAAGAUGCCAUGCAGCAGAUUGAUGCUGACAGGAAGAAGGUUAAAGCUAAAAGAAAACAACAUGACGAGCAGUUUAAACAGCAGAAAAAACUAAAGUUAGAAAGACUAAAGAACAGUAGAUUACCAGAUGAUGUGAUUGCCUCGCUACCUGCUGGGCCAGUGAAGGUGAAGGGUAAGAAGAUAGAUAAGGCUGUUGUUGAACCUGUAGAGGAGGAACCCGUUGAGGCAGAUCUCUCUGGAGAAGAAAGUGAUUUUGGUGACAUGGAUGAUAAUAAGGACGACAUUCUGAAUGAUGAUUUCAUUGGAUUCCAGAAAGGAGGGAUACAAGCUGUAGCAUUGAAGGAUUACAAGCGUCCACAGAGUGCAAUAGAAAAAGCCAUUGCAUUCAAGCAGGAAAGACUCUUUGGAGGCUCUAUACCAAGAGAAACAGCCCAAGAGAGAAGACUGAAACAACAGAGGAAAAAAGUAAAUCAAGGAGAGUGGAACAAGAGAAAAGUCGGAAAAUCAUAGACAUUCUUUUACUCUAGUUUACUGUAAAAAUGUGUAAAUAAACAAUUAUUUAUGUAGAG